CGUCUUCCCGCCUGGAGUAGCGCGGCACUUGUACUUCCUGUCGCAGUUGGUAUCCAUGGUGACAGUUCCGGGGCAGCUGCGGAGAUAGGAGAUUCGAACAUGGCAAAAGCGGGUGGCCGAGCAGGCAAGGUUGUGUCUUCGGGACGCUUGACUGGACCUGUCAGACUGGGAAUUGGUAAAAAAAGGGUGGCUGUGAGAAAGGUUUCCACGACAUGUGUUGAUUCCGGGUACUCCUUGUGCUCCACAGACUCCGAGGAUCAGGUUCUUGUCAUAAAUAAAGGGCUGGAUCGAUGUGCAGCCUUACUACAAGACAUCCUUCAACAUGACAUGAGAGGCAACUCACAAUCCCAUCCAACCCAAGGACCUGUACAUACCGUGAAAUCUUCCAGUGUCAGAGGGAAAAGGAAUUUGACCAAGAAGCCCGGUGCAGCUUCUCACGUGCAUAAGGAAAUAGGUCACUUGGCAGGAUCUCUAAAGAAGAACAUCUCAUCAAAUGGAUUCAGCAUUGAAAAGGCUUAUCCUUCUGUGCAGGCCGCAGCGUUCUGGGCCAACUCACACUCCCCAAUCACGCAGCCUGCAGUAUGUGAGAAUGUAUCUACCCAGAUGUCUCACUUAAAUCAACUUGCCAAACAAGCCAACUGCCAGGGGUUCCCUCCUCCCUCCUCACAGGCUGUAAAUGAGCAGGGUAUUGGAGGGACUACUCAUUUUAAUUGCCGCUUGCCUUCAUCCACCCCUGCCCUGUCCCCUCAGCUUCCUGGCAGUGCUUCAAAUGUUAGUCAUAAUCAAGUUCUACCACAAGGGGGAACAACACACAUUCCAUCUGGUUCAUAUGCAGCAGUGCAGAGUGCCCCCGCUGUUAUGUGUAAUGCUCCAACACCUGUGCAGCAGACUCCGGCAGUGCCAACCUGCUACCCGCUAGCCUUUCAAGCUGAUACCUUGCCACAAAUUAGUAACAUCGAGAAGAUACGGGAAUCAAAUCUGCUUCAGUGUAUAGCAGCCCAUUUGGCUCAGCUGCGGUGUUCUGAGGCAGAGGGGAAUCAAGUGCUGAACUCCAAACCUGCCCCUGUAGAGUAUGAAUCAGAAAGGGAACAGCCCACAAGGGAGACAGAUGAAACUUCCAGUGAGGAGGAGGAUGCAGCUCCAGCAAGGAAUAUCAGCUGUCAGACAAGCUUUGAUGUGAACAAAAAGUGUAGCCCAGAGAAAACCGAGAGGAAGAUUAAAACUGUGAAAUAUCUUCUUGGAGAAAUAAAGGCAUUAGUGGCAGAACAAGGAGACGGAGAAGCCUUUCGCCUCAUUACAGAGCUAGAGCACAAUUUGUCUUUGCUGCCAGCCGUUGUCGGAAGCACAAAUGUUCAUGCUGAAAUUGCUCUGGCUCUCCAGCCACUCAGGAGUGAGAAUGCUCAGCUUCGGAGGCGGUUACGAAUAUUGAACCAGCAACUUCGGGAUCGGGAGAGAGCUGAAAAAGCAGGAAGAUCUGAUGAACAGAACUUUGAAAUGAUUUCCCUUCAUUCCAUGAAUGUAACGUUACAACACCAACUGGCAGAGUCCCAGAAAGGAUUGGAUACCCUGCAGACCAAAAAUGAGGAGCUCUUAAAAGCAAUUGAGGCCCAGAGACAUGAUAAUAAAAAUCUCACUCAGCAUCUCCAAGAUAAAGAGCAGGAUCUGGUUCAGCUUUGCCAGCAGCGUGAGAUUGCAGCUACAAAAGGGAAAACAGAUCUGGAUGAGGCUUUAGGCAAAAUGAGGAGCAUUCAGUUCAAACUAGAGUCUUCAGAAAAGGAGAAUCAGAUAUUGGGAAUCACCUUGCGGCAGCGUGAUGCAGAAGUGAGCAGAUUGCAGGAACUCACAAGAACCCUGCAGGCCAGCAUGGCAAAACUCCUCUGUGAUCUCAGCAAGGACAGCAGCAAACUGAAACCUGGGCUCAACCUGACCAAGUCUGUGUUAGACAGCUACGAACAGCAGCUCCAGGGAGAUCAGUGUCUGGCCAGCACGUCCAUAAUGAGUUACCUAAAGACGUUAGAGACUGAACAAGUCUUGCCCAUUGCAGAUGCAACGUUCCCUGAUAAGCAUGAGCCUUGUAAUCCAACCAGCAAAUGCUACAAUAAAUACAUGUCUGACCUCAGUGAAAAUCUAAUUGGCAAAAUGCCUGAAACUUUGCAUCAAACUGCUUACACUCCAGUCCUCUCUCAUAGUCCAGAGAAACUGAAAUCCAAGGCAAACAGUGUGUCUGCCGCAACCUCCUGUGACGAGUACAAACCUGGUGACACAGUCUAUUUACCAUUAACCAGCAGCCCUCAAAAAUGUCUUGUAGUCUCAUCCCAAAGGCAAAUGUGCACCCCCCCUCAGGUUGGGAUUGCAUCUUCUGACUUGGAAGUGCCGGCCUCUAUUGCAAAGCAGUUGGGAUACAAAGAGCCUGAACCAUCUAAGGCGGAUUUUGAAUACAGAAUGGGUUUGGUGAAUUCUACCAGCACCUUGGAGCCAAACCUCAAAUCAGCUGAGGGAGUGCUACCUAUGGGACAGCACACUGUACCUGGCAACCGUCUUCCUAUUCAUCGUCAGAUAAGUAACCUACAGUUACAAGAUGGAAAUCCCACUGACCAUUCCAUGUUUGACUUCCACACUGGAAAAUCAGAUUGGAGCAUGUCCUCUUUCUCCACCUUCACUUCCCAUGAUGAGCAGGACUUUAGGAACGGCCUUGCAGCAUUGGAUGCCAACAUUGCCAGACUGCAGAGAACUCUGCAAACUGGCAUCUCUAGAAAAUGAACUGCCGAGGCUGUAGAGAAAUAAAAUGCUCUUGUGUGUGUGUAUAUUCCUAUUUAAAUCACUGUGCUGCUAAAUUAUUUUUAAAUAACAAUGUAUUUUUAUGAUAAAAUAAAUAUUAGUUUGGCCAA